AUGAGCACCCGCCUCUUCGUGCAGAACCUGCCCAUCUACGUGGACGAUGAGAAGCUGCGGAAGCACUUUGCGGCCAACGGCGAAGUCACGGACGCGUGCGUCGUCAAGACCAAGGACGGCAAGUCGCGCCGCUUCGGCUUUGUCGGCUACAAGACCGAGGCGCAGACCGUGAAGGCGCAGGCUUUUUUCGACAAGACCUUUUUCGAUACGACUCGAAUCACGGUCAAGAUCGCGCAGCCGCGUGAGUCGAACGAGCUGGACCGGCCGUGGAGCAAGUACUCCAAGGGCAGCUCGCGCCACGCCGAAGUGACCAAGGCGCCGGAAGAGCCGGACGACGAGACUGACGAGGCAAAGGAAACUACGACGCGGAAAAAGAAGGGCAAGAAGACGACGGGCGAAGACAGCGCGUUCGAUGAGUUUGUCGAGACGAUGCAGCCGCGAUCGCAGACAAAGUUCUGGGCCAACGACGACGUCAUGGCCGUGGGCGGUGGCGCGAGCCUCGACAAGAUCGCCGAAGGCUCAGACGACGGCGGCUCGGACGACGAGUACCAAGACCUGAGCAAGAUCCACGACAAGAUGAACGCGGGCAACGACAGUGACGACGACGACGACAAUGAAGACGAUUUUGACAAGUCGAUUGCACCGACCAAGAAGCCCCUCUCGGACCUGGACUUUCUCAAGUCCAAGAUGGUCAAGACCAUCAAGAGCGACGACGAAGAAGACGAGGAUGAUGAGGAUGACGAGGAUGGCGAGGACGACAAAGCGAAAAAGUCGUCCAAGUCGUCGCCGGCGUCCUCGCCGUCCGAGACAUCGAGUGACGUCGCGCCGUCGUCGCGGCUCUUUGUGCGCAACCUUCCGUACUCGGCGGUCGAAGAGGACUUGCAAGAGCUCUUCGCGGGCUAUGGCACCAUCACGGAGCUGCACAUGCCGCUCGACGACAGCAAGCGCACGAAAGGCUUUGGUUUUGUCAUGUUUGCGUCGCAAGCCGAAGCGACGGCCGCGCGGACGGCUUUGGACGGCAAGGCGUUCCAAGGCCGCCUCCUGCACAUCCUCCCUGCCAAGGGCAAGCUCGAGCCCGAGGCGCUUGUCGACACGGCCAACCUCACGUACAAGCAGAAGAAGGAGAUCGAGCGCAAGCAGCUCGCGGCGUCCAAGGUCGGCUGGAACGCGUCGUUCAUUCGCGGUGACGCGACCGUCGACGCGCUCGCGUCCCGUUUGAACGUCAAGAAGGGUGAGAUCCUCGACAAGGACGCUGGCAACAUGGCUGUGCGCCUUGCUAUCGGUGAGACGAUGCUGCUGCAGGAGAACCAAGCGUUCUUCGAGCAAGAAGGCGUCGACCUCCGCGUCAUUGAAGGCGCGGCGGCCGCCAAGGGCAAGAAGGGGCCGUCGGUCGAGCGCAGCAAUACCGUGCUGCUGGUCAAGAACUUGCCGUUCACGACCGACGAGACGGCUCUCGCGCAGCUCUUCCGCACGUACGGCGAGCUCAGCCGGUUUGUGCUGCCGCCGUCCAAGACCAUGGCCCUCAUCGAGUUUGUGGAAGCGUCCGAAGCCCGCAAGGCGUUCCGAUCGCUGGCGUACAAGAAGUUUCAGACCAUGCCGCUCUACUUGGAGUGGGCGCCGGUGAAGGUCUUCAAGGGCCCUGCGACGAUGAACUAUGCCGAGAAAAUCAAGGCGCAAGCGCAAGCGGCGACGCCCGCGCUGCCCGACGUCGAGGCCGACAACGUAGCCGAGCUCGACAACACGCUCUGUGUGAAGAACCUCAACUUUAGCACGACCGAGAAGAGUCUCCAGAGCCUGUUUGAAAAGAUGGGCACGGUGCGCAAGGCGACGAUUGCUCGCAAGAAGGACCCGAAGACGCAAAAACCGACGCUCUCGAUGGGCUUUGGCUUUGUGGAGUAUAGCACCGCGGCCGCGGCCAAGAAGGCGAUGGCCGGGCUUCACGGCACGCUUCUUGACGGCCAUGCGAUCGACAUCAAGCUCUCCAAGAAGCAGCUCGCGCCCGUCAAGAAGGCGGCGGGGCCAAGCAAGAAGCCGAGUACCAAGGUCAUUUGCCGCAACAUUGCGUUCGAAGCGACGAUCAAGGACAUCCGUGAGCUCUUUGGCGCCUUUGGUCAGCUCAAGACCGUGCGCAUGCCCAAGAAAUUUGACGGCAAGCACCGCGGGUUUGCCUUUAUUGAGUUUCUGACGGAGGCCGAGGCCAAGAGCGCGUUUGCGUCCUUGGCGUCGUCGCACUUGUAUGGUCGCCACUUGGUGCUCGAGUGGGCCGACGACGCGGACGACAUGGAGACGCUGCGCGCAAAGGCGAGCCGCGACCUUGCGUCGAUCGAGGAUGGGCAGCGGGCCGCCAAGAAGCUCAAGAGCAAGGAGGUCGAAGACGACAUGGAUUUUUAA